AUGACUGCGACAUUAACCGCCGAGCUGGCCAUCUAUGCCACUCUCACCAUUCCAAACAUAUACAUCCUCUCCAAACACGGCCGUUCUGGAAUCCUUGGAUGGGCGUAUCUUCUCGCUUUCUGUACGCUGCGUAUUGUUGGAGGUGUUAUGGAUCUAUCUGGAAGCACUACAGCAGGCAUUAUAUCAAGCGUUGGCUUAUCUCCUCUUCUCCUUGCUGCAUCUGGCAUCCUACAAGAAGCGAGGUCUUAUUACUGCGAUCCAUUGGAGAAAAAACUGGAAUGGACUGGCGUGCUAUUGUUUCACGGCAUUGUUACUACUGGUGUUGCUAUUUUAGCCACUGGUGCAUCGAACCUGGAGUCCAGUCACAUCAAACCCGCAGAUGUUUCCACGGAUGCUUCUUUGGUAAAAGCUGGCAUCGCUCUUUUGACUCUCGCUUGGGCGAUUGUUGCCAUCGUGUCGGUAUGGGCACUGGCUCAUCCGGCAAAGUUUCCAAAGUCAAAAUCUUCCACUGCUGCAGGAACCAAACUUCUCUGGUCUGUUCUUGUAUCUGAUAUUUUCAGUGGAGUUCGGGUCAUCUACUCCCUCGUCGCGCUGGUCACACAAGACGAGUCUCUGAACCCUCUUACCGGCGCUCUUACAAUCCGUGUCCUCUUAUCGCUACUUCCAGAGUUGAUUAGCGUACUAGCUUUCAUAACAGCUGGAAUUCUCACCCGAAACGCUGCUCGGGAUUUCUCAAAGACAAAGAAGGCCGCAGCCAGUAGCUGUGGUUCUUUGACCUUUCACUAG